GCUGACCAAUCACCGUUUCAACAAUGUUAACAUUCAGAGCAAACAUAGUGAUCAUUCUCCUCCUAUGUGUGUCUUUGGCUCUUGGAGAAAUACGAUCUGAUGAUCAUGCAAUCGAGACCAUUAAGACUGAAGAUGCGGACGUCUUCAAGUGCAUUGAUAUAAACCAACAACCAGCGCUUGACCACCCCUUGUUGAAGAAUCAUGAAAUACAGAUGAAACCUAGCUCUUAUCCAUCUGAGCUACAUAGUUGGGCUUUAACCGAAGCUACGAAUUCAAUGGCACAACUGCCCUUUGUCGCAUGCCCGGAAGGAUCCAUCCCAAUAUUACAAGAUAGAAAAGAUGGUAAAAUAGAGAUUUCAAAUUAUCACCCGAUGGAUAAUGCUGUGGAACACAUUGUGGAAUCCACAUAUCUCGCAGGUAUCAAAAUCGUAGAUGAUAUAUACGGAUCUCAUGUUUCCAUCAAUGUUUAUGAGCCAAAAGUGAAAGAAAAAACUGCAGAUUUUAGUGCAUCAUGGGUUGAGAUGUCAAAUAACGAGAACACGAGCUAUUAUGAAACAAUAGCUGCUGGAUCUGUUGUGUGGCCAAGCUUGCAUGGUGAUGAUUUUGCUAGAUUUCACACUACUUGGUAUGGUAAGGACAACAAUGCUUGUUGGGAUCACCGAUGUCCUGGUUUUGUGCAAGUUAGUCCGAGCGUUGUCCUUGGAGGAAGGAUACAUCCAGUUUCUACCUAUAAUGGCGCUCAAUAUGAAAUACAUGUUCAUUUGUUUAAGGACCCAAAGACCGCAAACUGGUGGUUAGCAUAUGGUAAGAACAAGACCCCAGUUGGAUACUGGCCGGCUUCAAUCUUCAACCACUUGAAGGAUAAAUCGAAUAUAGCAUUUUGGGGUGGACAUCUUAGUGGCCCAACAGUUCAGUCAUAUUUUCCUGAAAUGGGUAGUGGGCAUUAUGCUUCGGAGGGUUAUGGGAAAGCAGCUUUUGUGAGAGAUAUUAAAAUUGUGGAUGGGAAUAACAUGUAUGUUACACCGAAUAGCGCAAAGACCAUUGCAAGCAGUAGCAAGAUGACAUGUUACACAGUUGAUAAAUUCGGGCAGGACAAUGAUGGCAUGCAUGUCUAUUAUGGUGGACCAGGUGGAUGUACUAAUUAGGUACAUGGUUUUGUAAUCUAAGUACAAGUUGACAAUAAGUUGUAUCAUCGAGAUGAAUCCCCUAUCA